UUCUUUGGCAGAUAUGUUAAUAGGAAUUAAGACCUUAUUCAUUUUUAUUUAUCAGCAUCAAGUUGAGAAUGAAAUUUCAUGCAGCAUCAGUCUUGGCAUGCUUAUAGCAGCGAACAUAGCAUCAACUUCCACCAUCGCUCUAAUAGCAAUUGACCGAUAUCUUUACAUUCUGAAUGGCCUUCACUAUCAUAGAUAUAUUACAACAAAACAUCCAUAUUAUGCGGUCCUAUUUGUUUGGAUUUUAGGCUCGUUAAUGGGCUUAGUGCCAAUUUUUACUUGGCAAUAUCCAAUGAACGGAGGGAAUUGUUGGUUUUUAGUUUUAGUACCACCAAAGAUCUUUCUUAUUGCUGUUAUUACAGGAAUGGUACCAAUACUUCUUGUAUUGGUUCUGUACUGUAUUAUUUUGAAAAAAGCUUUGAACAGUAGAAACCAAAUAAAUUACAGUCUUAAGAUCCAUGAGAGAGAUUUACGUACGUUUCAUGGCAGAAAACAGAUCACUUCGAAUUGUGCCGAUGAAGAUCUACCAACUAGAGUUCGAUGUUUUGGUCUGCCUUGCUGUCAAAAAAAAACCCUUGAAAUUACACCGUAUUUUUGUGAUAAUAAGUGGAAGGCGGUUAAAAUUGUUGUCUUCACAACAGGAGCAUAUUUCAUCACAUGGUUUCCAUUUUUUGUAACAUAUAUUUUAUAUGCCCGCUGUGAUAUCAACAUGGAUUUCGAACAUUGUGAAUAUUUAGCAUAUCUUUUGAGCAAUCCAUUGUCAGUACUUAUUAUAAGCAACAGUCUAUUGAAUCCUCUUAUUUAUGCUUGGUGGCAUCCUGGAUUUAAGGUAUCGAUCAAGAAAAUGUAUUCCAAAGUAUCUCAGAAAAGAUAUCAAAAAGAUACAUUUACACAACCGAAGAUUCAGAAUACUUUUGAAGAAAGUUGAACUAGACAAUGAUAAUCUUCAAAGAUUAUACGAUUUAUUAAACUUUCAAAAUAUUGUAGUUGUAAAUUUUAUCGAUAAAAUUAAAUAACAGCCAAACCAAC